CUGCGGGGCUCGGCGGCGCCGCGCACCCCGCUCCGCAGCACAGGCCCAGGGCCAGCCCGCGGCGGGCGAGUCUCGUCGCACCGGAGCGGGCGACCCCGAGCACCGCGCCGUGCGCCGCGGGACCGGGAUGGCCGCGGGGCAGCGCCGGGGCAUGGCCGCCCCCCCGCUCGCCCUCGCCCUCGCCCUGGGGCUUCUCGCCAUCGCCCAGGUUUUUGGAGAUCAAAAUCAAGGAACAGUUUUCCUACGUGAAUUUACGUUGAUUCGGAGAGAAAGUCUUCAUGACGAUUUCCUAUCUGAUUUGCUGAAUAACCACAAAACAGAAGAUGCGAGCUCCAGAACAGCUCGCUCAGAGGAAGAUCGAGGCUCACUGUGGGAUGCCUGGGGCUCAUGGAGUGAAUGUUCACGCACUUGUGGAGGAGGGGCUUCGUAUUCACUGAGACGCUGCCUGAGCAGCAAGACCUGUGAAGGACGAAACAUCCGGUACAGGACAUGCAGCAAUGUGGAUUGUCCACCAGAAGCAGGUGAUUUCCGCGCUCAGCAGUGCUCUGCUCACAACGACGUCAAAUAUCAGGGACAGUUUUAUGAGUGGCUUCCUGUCUCUAAUGACCCUGACAACCCAUGCUCACUGAAGUGCCAGGCCAGAGGAAUGGCUCUGGUUGUGGAGCUGGCACCAAAGGUUCUGGAUGGGACCCGGUGCUACACUGAAUCCCUGGACAUGUGCAUCAGUGGCUUGUGCCAAAUUGUUGGCUGUGACCACCAGCUGGGAAGCACUGUCAAGGAAGAUAAUUGUGGGGUCUGCAAUGGAGAUGGGUCCACCUGCCGGCUGGUUCGAGGCCAGUAUAAGUCCCAGCUCUCAGCAAAUAAACUAGAUGAUACAGUGGUUGCUAUUCCCUAUGGAAGCAGGCAAGUUCGCCUUGUGCUGAAAGGACCCGAUCAUUUAUAUUUGGAAACCAAGACUCUCCAAGGUUUGAAGAGUGAAAACAGCCUCAGCACCACAGGCUCCUUUCUUGUAGAAAAUUCUAGCAUUGACUUCCAGAAGUUUCCUGACAAGGAGAUCUUAAGAAUAUCUGGGCCUCUCACUGCAGACUUCACUAUCAAGAUUCGUUAUGCUGGUGCUGCUGACAGUUCAGUUCAGUUCAUCUUCUAUCAGCCUAUCAUUCACCGAUGGAGGGAAACUGAUUUUUUUCCUUGUUCGGCAUCCUGUGGAGGAGGUUAUCAACUGACAUCUGCUGAGUGUUUUGAUCUGAGAAGCAGCCGGGUAGUGGCAGAUCAAUACUGCCACUAUUUUCCUGAAAAUAUCAAGCCAAAGCCAAAACUUCAGGAGUGUAAUCUGGAUCCUUGUCCUGCAAGUGAUGGAUACAAGCAGAUCAUGCCCUAUGACCUCUACCAUCCCCUUCCUCGAUGGGAAAGUACACCCUGGACUGCCUGUUCCUCAUCCUGUGGAGGAGGCAUUCAAAGCCGUAGCAUCUCAUGUGUGGAAGAAGACAUUCAGGGGCAUAUCAGCCCUGUGGAAGAAUGGAAAUGCAUGUAUACUCCAAAGAUGCCUGUUGUCCAGCCUUGCAAUAUAUUUGACUGCCCAAAGUGGCUUGCUCAGGAAUGGUCUCCGUGCACUGUGACCUGUGGACAAGGACUCAGAUACCGUGUAGUCCUUUGCCUUGAUCACAGAGGAAUGCAUACAGGAGGCUGUAGAUCUAAAACAAAGCCACACAUAAAAGAGGAAUGCAUUGUAUCCACUCCUUGCUACAAACCCAGAGAGAAACUUCCUGUGGAAGCAAAGUUGCCAUGGUAUAAGCAGGCUCAAGAGCUGGAGGAAGGAACAGCUGUAUCUGAAGAACCAUCGUUUAUUCCUGAGGCUUGGUCCACCUGUAGUGUCACCUGUGGAGUAGGCAGCCAGGUGCGGCUUGUGAAAUGUCAAGUGCUCCUCUCUUUCUCUCAGUCUGUGGCUGACUUGCCCAUUGAUGAAUGUGAAGGUCCCAAACCCGUGUCUCAGAGAGCCUGUUACAGUGGUCCCUGCGGUGGGGAGGCAACUGAAUACACCUCAGAGGAGACUGAGUUUUUGUAUGGCAGCUUGCAGGAGUUUGAUGAGCUCUAUGACUGGGAAUAUGAAGGCUUUACAGAGUGUUCAGAGUCCUGUGGAGGAGGUGUCCAGGAGGCUGUGGUGACCUGUCUGAACAAACAAACCAGGGAGACUGCGGAUGAGACACUGUGUGUAACCAGCCGCCGUCCUCCACAGCUGCUGAAAGCCUGUAGUGUGGACCCCUGCCCCCCAAGGUGGGAGAUUGGGAAAUGGAGCACCUGCAGUCUUACCUGUGGGGUUGGUUUACAGACACGAGAUGUCUUCUGUUCUCAUCUCCUAUCAAGAGAGACUAAUGAGACUGUGAUUUUGGCAGAUGAACUGUGCUCUAAACCUAAGCCAUCCCUUGUGCAAGGCUGUAAUCGCUUUGACUGCCCGCCCUCCUGGUAUCCUACAGAAUGGCAAGAGUGUUCACAGACAUGCGGCGGUGGUGUCCAGAAGCGAGAUACACUUUGUAAGCAGCGCUUGGCAGAUGGGAGCUUAUUAAUGCUGCCAGAAACCUUCUGCUCCAUGCCAAGGACAGUUACCCAACAAGCCUGCAAAAAUGAGGAUUGUCCCAAUGAGUGGCUGCUCUCUGACUGGACACAGUGUUCAGUGAGCUGUGGAGAAGGCACACAGAGUCGAAAUGCCAUUUGCAGAAAGACACUGAAAUCCGGGGGAUUUGUUAUCAUCAAUUCCUCACUCUGCCUGCCUUUGCCAUUGUCAUCCUUGAUCAGGCCCUGUGCACUAGGCCCCUGUGCAAGGCACAACAGGCCAGCUCAUAAUCAAAGCCCCCAUAUUAUGGCUGUAAAGAAAGUUUACAUCCAGACAAGGAAGCAGAAGAAACUACAUUUUAUUGUGGGUGGGUAUGCCUACCUGCUGCCCAAAACUUCUGUUGUUCUCCGAUGCCCUGUAAGGAGGUUCAGAAAAUCAAUGAUUACUUGGGAGAAGGAUGACAAGAGGCUCAUCAGCUCAGCUCACGUCACCGUUGCACCCUAUGGGUACAUGAAAAUCCAUCGCUUGAAGCCUUCAGACUCUGGGACAUACACCUGCACAGCAGGGCCAGCCCGGGAGAAUUUCAUAAUUAAACUAAUUGGAAGCAACAAGAAGAUAAUUGCUGGGCAGCCAACUGGUAUUAGGGAGGAAGAGGCCAUGAGAAAGGCCAGUUUAAAUGAAGCCUUGAGAACAGAAGAGAAACAUCUCAAUGGGAUUUUCUUCAAUAGUAGCAAUGCUGAAAAGCAAGGGCACCUUGCUAACCCCAGCAGAUGGUAUGACAGUAUUGUCUCAAGGCUGCUACAGCAGAGGGGCUGGCCAGGGGAAAGUCUGGAGUCCUGGGAAGCCCAGGAGUCCAUGGAGAGAAAUGCAUCCUCAGAAGAGGACCAGAACCGGGACCAUAGCCUGCCAUUUACUAUGAUUACAGAGCAGAAACGCUUGGAUGAUAUCAUAAGGAAUUUGUCUCAACAGCCAGAGGAGCUUAAAGAUAUGUACACUGAGCAGCUUGUUGUGCAGCUGGCUCAAGAGGUUUUUAAGAGCCACUUGGAGCACCAGGAAUUUGUCCUCAAAGCAUCAAUGCGAAAACUUGACUCAGUCUCAGUGGAGUACCCUUUCCACAGACAAGUUUCUGGAUUUACCAGUUCCCUGAGGACAUCAUCUGCUGAAAUGUUUCUUCCCACUUCUGUAGACCUGGCUAAUGGCUUGCACAGACCUCAUCAAAAGCCUGCCAUUCUCCGGAAGAUUUCAGCAGCACAACAGCUUUCUGCUUCAGAGGUUGUUACCCACCUGGGACAGACGGUGGUUCUGGCAAGUGGCACACUCAGCGUGCUGCUUCACUGUGAAGCAGUGGGAAAUCCAAAGCCCACCAUCAGCUGGGCUAAGAACGGAGACGAGGUGAAAUACAAUGAUAGGAUACUCCUUCAGCCUGAUGACUCCUUGCAGAUUCUAGCACCUGUGGAAGCUGAUGUGGGUUUCUAUGCUUGCAAUGCAUCCAAUGCCUUGGGAUCUGACUCUGUCUCCAUUGCUGUUACUCUAGCAGGAAAGCCACUGAUAAAGGCAUCAAGAGCUACUGUGAUCAACACUGAAUUACCUGCUGUCACUGUUGAUAUUGGAAGCAUGGUGAAAACAAUCCAGAAAGCAAAUGUUACCAUUAACUGCCACGUUGCAGGUGUUCCUGAAGCAAAAGUUACUUGGUUUAAGAACAAGAUCAAGCUGUUCUCUGCUCACCACCUGCACGAUGGGUUGCUGAUAAUUCCAAAUGUUUCUCUGUCAGACCAGGGGUUAUACUCCUGCAAGGCAGCCAAUCUUCAUGGGGAGGUAACUGAAAGCUCCCAGCUGUUGGUUCUUGAGCCUCCACGACCUCUUCCUUAUUUAGAAGAGUUGACAGCAGUGCUUUCCAGUGCUGGGCCCAGCACUCAUUUGGUGCUGACCUCUCCUUCAGGAACAAAACUGACUGUCAGUCCAGGGAGCUCUGCUCUCAUAGGUUGUGCUGUUGAUGGUCAUCCAACCCCAAAUAUCACCUGGCUUUACUCUAGUGAACCUCUCCGUCUGCGACAUCAUCUCCUGGCAGCAGGCCGGAUUCUUCAGAUACUCAAUGUCAGUGAUUUCACUGAUGGUGAAUUCAGCUGCCUUGCUCAAAAUGAAGCUGGCUCACUCACACAAAAAAUGUCCCUGGCUAUACAAGAAUACUGGUGGUCAGUGGACAAACUGACAGCUUGUUCGGCUUCCUGUGGCCACAAAGGGGUGCAGCUGCCCCAGUUGAGGUGCUUGCUGGAUGGGGCUGAAGUCAACACAUCGUACUGCAGAGAGACACCCAAGCCAUCUCUGCAGCCCAUUGCAUGCAACAGAAGAGACUGCCCUUCACGAUGGAUGGUGACAUCAUGGUCUCUUUGCACGCGGAGCUGUGGUGGAGGCAUCCAAAUGCGGCGAGUGACCUGUCAGCGCCUGACAGCAAAAGGGAGCUCUGUCCCAAUGUCAAAUGAGGCUUGUGCCCAGGUGUCCAAGCGCCCUGUGGACACACAGAACUGUAACAGGAAGCCCUGUGCUGAGUGGGUAGCCUCCUCCUGGAGCCAGUGUAAUGGGCCUUGCAUUGGACCACGACUGGCUGUACAGCACAGACAGGUAUUUUGCCAGACCAAAGAUGGGACUUCUGUGUCAUCUGAUCAAUGCAGUGCCUUACCAAGGCCGUUGAACACACAGAACUGCUGGACUGACGUCUGUGGUGUGCACUGGAGGGUCAGCCUGUGGACCAUCUGCACGGCUACGUGUGGAAACUACGGCUUCCAGUCCCGGCGUGUUGACUGUGUGCACACCCGCACCAACAAGCCUGUGAUGGAGCAUCGCUGCUCCUGGAGGCCAAGGCCAUCGAACUGGCAGCGCUGCAACAUCACACCCUGUGAAAACGUGGAGUGCAGAGACACUACAAGGUACUGUGAGAAAGUGAAGCAGCUCAAACUCUGCCAGCUCACCCAGUUUAAGUCACGUUGCUGUGGGACUUGUGGAAAAUCUUGAAGACAGACAAAAUGAAAAUGGAGGAACAAGGGGAUCACAGCUUUGCUUCACUGAGGCAAGGGCUUUUGCAGAAAAUACAAUUGGAAUGGAAAUAUCUUUUUCAUUUUAUUUAUUUCCCUUUAAAAAAAAAAAAGAACACCUUUUACCAAAUCAUUGUUGUAAAGGGUCUUGAAAAGUUUUCUCUUUUAUGAAUCUGGGAGACAGAAUGCAGCAAAACAUGGUCAUGAAGGUAGACCAUAAAGAGUCAGAGGACCAAUGCCACCAGAAAUGGGUGUGAGAGGAGUGGAGCUUCCCCAUAAUCCAUGUACAUGUCUGGGGGAUACACCAAGAGACAGGCGAGGAAGAGGACGAGAGUGAAAACCUAGCAUCACAUUACAGAAUCACAGAAUCACAAAGGUUGGUAGAAACCUUCAGGAUCACCUGGUCUAACCAUCAACCCAACACCACCAUAAUCAUCCCUAAACCAUAUCCCCAAGUGCCACAUCCAGACACCUCUUGAGCACUUACAGAGAUGGUGACUCCACGACCGCCCUGGGCAACUUAAUCUAAUGCCUAGCCACUCUUUCAGUGAUUUUUUUUUCUUUCUAAUAUCUAAUCUGAACCUCCCCUGGCACAGCUUGAGGGCAUUUCCUCUCAUAUUUUCAUUUGGAACAUGACAGAAGACACCAAUCCCCACCGCACCAGAACCUUCUUUCAAAUAUUAUAGAGAGUAAUGACAUACUCCUUAAGCCUCCUCUUCUCCCAGCUGAACAACCCCAGCUCCCUCAGCUGCUCCUUAUAGGAUGUGUUUUCUAGACCUUUCACUGGUUUUGUAGCCCUUUUGUAGACUCGCUCCAGCACUUCAGUGUCUUUUCUGUAGUGAGGGGCCCAAAACUGAACAGAGGAUUCAAGGUGCAGUCUCACCAGCAGCAAGUACAGCAGUACAAUCAUUUCCAUGGUCCUGCUGGCCACACUAUUCUUGAUACAGGCCAAGAUGUCAUUGGCCUUCUUGGCCACUUGGGCAUUGCUGACUCAUGUUCAUGCUGCUGAUCAGCCCUAUCAAAGUCCUUUUCUGCUGAACAUCUCUCAAGCCACUCUUCCCCAAGCCUGUAGCAUUGUUACAUUGGGUUGUUGUGGCUCAAGGGCAGGACCCAGCACUUUGCUUUAUUGAACCUCAUGCAGUUGUCAUGCAGACACCAAUCAAGUCUGUCAAGACCCCUCUGCAGAGUCUUCCUUCCCUCCAGCAGACCAACACUCCCACCUAACUUGGUGUCAUCUGCAAACUGACUGAGGAUGCACUCAAUCCCCUCAGUUUGACAGGUCAUAGUGUGGUGGAGAAAAAAAAAAGGCUAAACUAAGCUGCAUUAUACGGAUACUUCAUCUGUCUUAGACUACCUUGAGAACACAAGCAUAUGAUUCUGUUUUAUAAACUUAUUUGUUACAUCCAAGAUUGUAACCCUUCUUUUAAAUUUCUAAACCACUCUCUCCUUCUCACAUCAGGCCUGGAAAUUAUUUCAGUGGGACAUCCUUGUGAUCUUCCAGGAUCUGGUGUCUGGGGAAGUUGAACAAUGGUCUGUAAUAUAAGUGGAUCUAAAAGACACCUGAAAAUGUUUCCAGUUUGAGUUUGUGAGGGAGAAUUGGGGAUUGAAGGGUUGUCCUCAGCACAGAGGUGAGGUGAUGAUGUUAAUUAUUAUCCAGACAAAGGAGAGAAAGUAUGAUCUCCUUGACAGGCUGUAGUACAAACCUGCAAAUACUGUUCCCUAGUCAGCACAGGCAGGAAAGAUGGAAACUGUCUGUGGUAAUGGGAGGUACUUUGCAUACUGCAUCCUACUAAGACUUAUUUAGAAAAGAGAGGAGUACCAGUUCCCAGAGUUCAGAUGUUUUCAGUCCUGGGCUUUUGGAAAGGAACUUGAAAAAGUGGUUUUUCCUAACCUGCUAACACACAAAAUUUCCCUCUUCUGACAGCCAAGCCUUUUGGACAUGUAGUAGAAAAUAGCUUGAUUCUGAUUUCUCAUGGCUGUUCCCAGUCAGUAGAAACAGAAUGGAUUUAGCAUCAGCCCCAGAGGAGUAAUGCAAAUAAUUUUUAACAAACUUGCUCUUCUCCAACUGCCUCUCACAACAAAACAAGUGUUAUAAAGCCACAGAUAUUUAAGUCCAUGUAUAACACCCUGAAGAUACAAUCUAAAAAGUGGGACUCAAACAUCACACCCACAGCAUGAUUUUGCAUGCAGGCUGUGAAUAAUGCUCCAUGCUUUAAGUUCCUGUGCAUUGUCUGCUCUUCUUGGAAUAGGGCCCUAAAAUUAGAGGAAAUCUGCAAAAUAGUGGGUUGAGAAUUGUGGAGCUUUAAAGAACUACCUGGAUAUUGAGUUUUGGUUCAAGACCUCUAAAUUAAAGAGAAUGGUGGUGCCUCUCCUGUAACCCCUGGUGGUGCUAGUGUGUUGUGGUAUGCUAAUGAAAUGCUGUUCAAAUUCUGCCAUGCUGCAACUUUAAUGACAUGUGGCUUUUUCAGCAAAACUGGGAGUCCAUUUUUGAGGUCAGUGCCAGGUUCAUGACAUUAAGCUGUCUCAAACUGGCUUAUUUCAAAACACAGCUGGCAGUGAAUGCUCUUAGUACAAAUGGGUUUUCAAGAGUGUUGUUAAGCAUCAGUGUAACUUCUUAUUUAAAAAAGAAUAAUUCUUUUCUAUGUAUAUAUAUGUGUAUCUUUUCUGAUAUUUAUUAGGAUUUCUUGUAUAAAAAGUGCAAUAGUAAUAAUUGUACAGAUAAAACUAUAUUGCCAUUUUUUUUAUAUCUCCCCAGAAUUUUGUUCCUCUAAAAUCAACAGUAAUAGUGUAUUUCUCUUAGUUUUAAUAGCACUUGCAUUUAUAGUUGGGGAUCUGCUUCACUGUGCACAGAGUGCUUUAUAAACUAUGACGUGAGGAAGGGAUGAUGUUUUUAACUUGUGAAAUGGUAGUUAUGCAUGGAAUGGAGGACAAUUCCUUAAUAACAUAAUAAUAACAAUGAUGAUGAUGAUGACAAUGUGAUGGAAAUUUCUGGUACAUUAGUUAACACAAAGCAAAGUAUUUGGGAAAGUAUUUUCUUUUGUUUAAAAGCAAAACAUGUUAAGGCGAUCACAUGUUCCAUAGUAUCUGUGUAACUGUGCACAGGAUAAACAUGAAGGAUCUGAUCUGGAGUGGCCACUGUGUUGAUUUAAUUUCAUGUCUGUCUUCUGAAUCGUGACUUGGCAACAUUUCAGUAAGAUAAGGAUUGCUGGAUAUUUUAGGAAUCUCUAAAGAGAAAACAGAACAGCAAACCUGUACAAGUAAUGCAGGUUACUUAUUUAACUACUACUGUCUGAUGUGUUGGUUUUUUACCUUAAAAACAAAAGCCAAAUUAGCAAAGCUGUUGGAGUUCUCUGUCCUUAUUCCAUAUUAUAAUAGCAGCACACAUCUGUUACACAAAGUACACAUAAAGUGCCUGCCUUGGGGAAAGAGCAUGUCUUAACUCAUUUUUAAAGGUCUCCAGCCAUUAAGAUUCUGCACCCUUUCUUGGAGAUAUGUUUUAAUUCUUCAUUUGCCUUGCUUUAUUCUUUUUCACUAAUGUCUUGCCUCUGUUGCUUUUGCAGAAGUAUAAAGCCAUUGUUGCUGCUGGUCCAAGGAUCAUGAAUAUCAAUAAAAGUAUACUCCUUUUUUCUAUACAGCAGUGCUUCAAGACAUCUUAUAACUCUCCUCAGCAACCCACAGGUUGAAGAAACACCUGUGAAUUCAAUUUUUCCUUACAGGUUUCUGCUGCCUUCAGUAAUGGAGCUGCCAGCUACCUGAUGCGCCUAAAGCAUCAGAUGUAUACAUUGAAGAAAUCCUAGUAAUGGUCAGAAUUACAAGGGGAAAGAAGAAAAAAAGUUGAUAAAACAAAAACAUUUUUUCUUAACAAAGACAAAAUUGAGUUUUGAAAACUAAGCUGGUUCUUGCUCUUGCCCUUUUCAAACAAACAAUAUAUCUCUUCUAAAAGGGAAAAGUGAUUUUGCUCUGAUUUACUGACAGUUUCCCUUGUGUGAUAUUCCUGCAUAUAUUUUUUUUAGAUACCUAAACUGCAGGUAAAUAACACCUCACACAUACACUAACUCAAACAGACAACCAAGUCAAAGAUCAGACCUAAGACUUCCAAGCAACAGUACUGAAGGCAAUGGGAAUUUCAUCAUUCAUUUUGAGUAAAACAAGUAUAGAACCUGGCACUGAUGUAAAAUGAACAGCAGGCUGGCUUAGGUUUCCAAUAGAAUAAUUAUUCUCUUUUAUGCAUAUGGCUUUAGUUACUAGUCAAGUCAAAAAGCCUUCAAAACCUUCAAAGGAAGCUUCCAGUUUUGUUUUCCCUACUAAUUUUCCUCACAAAAGAAAAACAGUUCUGGAAAAAACCAGAAAAAUAUAGCACUGAAAGUUUCCCCACAGAAGACCUACUCCUGACCCCUGUUAUGUGGCAACUAAACUAGUCCAGGCAUCUGCAUCUGCAUGCAUGAUCUUAAAACAAUAGAAGCCAUAGGCAGAGAUUUCCAAAGUAACCUUUAGCUGGAAAUUUUCUUCCUGCUAUCUGGCUGCAGUCAUAUGGACUGCAGUUGAAGCUUUUUGACUUUUAAGUUACUCUUCUUCUUGCAAACUACCUUAUCAAAUAAAAGGCUAAAGAUCACCUUGAUAUCUGUUUGGUGCUCAAACACCGAUUCAUUAAUAAAUUUGGUUAUUCUGUAUUGGCAUAAGCUGACACCUCUGUAGAAGAAGGUGAACCAAAAGCUUACUCUUCUCCAGAUUUUCAAGACUGUAAAAAACCAAAAGUUUUUAAUGGCAACUUUCAGCAACUCACUGAUCAUUUUAGCUAGUAGUUGAGUGAAUUGGCUUCAUUUGUUCAGUUACGUAUUUUUUAACAAAUGCUUUCAAACUGUUUUUUGAAUGUCACAGCAUACCAGUGUAUACAGUUGAGAAGCUCAAAACUGCUAAUGCUAACUAUGGCUCUGCAUAUCAGCUGCAGACCACAUUUUGGGAAUCAUCAGUUUAACCAUUCCCUUCAUCCUCUUUUGUAAAGGUAUAUAUAUAUUUAUCAAUAGUGUCAUGCAUUAACUCUCCACUUCUGUGGAAACUAAACCGAAGAACUUGUCAAAUACUUGAGUUUGCACAAAACUGAGGGGGGAGAGGAAAAUCAGACUUCCUUUCUCUACUGAUCUCAUACAUUUCUCACACCAAAAGCAUAUUGGUUAAUCAUAGUUUCACCUACACUGCUUUUCAUUGUCUCCACCCAACAUCUCCCUUCCGGUCAAUCAAAAUCAAAUCGAAAAUCUGGUCAAGUACAUAGUAAUUUUAAUAAAUUUUUAUGUAAAAUUUUCACUAAGGCAUUUCAAUAAUAUGCAACCCAACAUGCUAUUUGUCCAGAUUUAUAAGCAGUAAAGCAACAUAUCAACACCUCCUCUUUUGAUUGAAAUACUUAUUUCUAUUCUCACCAGCUUUUUCACUUGUUCCUAUUCUCAACUUCACAUGUGAAGACAUGAAUACAACAAUACAUUUUAUUCUUCAUCUGUCCCUCUGAGAAGCAAAUACUGUACUCAAAAUCACCGUUCCUUCAGUGAUCACUGAUGAAGACCAAGACUGGAAAGUCCAUGAAAUCACAGACUCCAGCCCCUCUUUUUUGUCAGAAUGAUUACAAAACCUGGAACAGCCUCUACUGAGACAUCCAGUGCACUUUCGGGGUGACUGAAGCAGCAAGGCUGAAAGUAUGCAAGUGCCUUCGCAUUAGAGAGUGUCAUGGCAGGGUCUGUCUGGAAGAGUUUUUUCAAAUAAAAAUGAACUGACAAAACAGACCACAAAGUAUCUCAUGAAAUGUAUUUAAAACAGAAUCAACAACAGUGGUUCCUCAGUGAUCUGAGUUUGUACACUAGCUUGUGAAGGAACAAGAUUCAGGAUGGGAGCGGUUCUGGGCGUGGAGAAAGACAUACAGCAAUUGACAGGACUUUAUUAUAUGGACUUUACUGUUAUUAUAUGGUUUCAUUGUAUCCACACUACACAGUGCACAGCCUGGCCAUGCCCGGGCUUGCCAGGAGUUUGCCUGCUCCCUGCUUCCCCUCUCCCCUCUCUGACAGGCUGAAGAAGCUGCAGAGAAGAGGCAGUUACCAUUCGCCCUUUCCUUCCCCGGUUCCUCCCAUGUUCCUCCCCCUUUGCCUGUGUCCCUACCCCGAUUUGUUCCCCCGUUCGUCUGUCUCAUGCUCCACCCUGUGUUCUAGCCCUUUCCCCGCCUGAACUCACAAACCCCCCUGCACAUCUCAAUAAAGCAUUCCAUUUGCACUUCUACCUGGUCUCUGGACCAGUCCAUUUUGUGUCACGGCCCCAUCCCCCCUUGGACCGUGGCACUAGCUUGUGCUCAUAUAGAGAAGGUUUUACAUGGGGAGAUACAAAGUUAUGGCAGCAAAAAAAUUACUUCUGAACAAUAAAAAAAUUGGAAAAAAAAGACAUGAAACAAUCAAUCUUGUAAGUACUAUUGCUACAGAUGCUGAUGGCAAAGUAUAUACCCUGUUAAUGACAUGGUAAGUAGCUGACAAUAUAAAGUAAUAAGUGUGAAAGUUGAACUAUUUGCAGCAAAUAUGAUGAGCUAUAACCCCAGUCAGAUGUAAUUCAUUCUCACGAGAAUGUUGCUAGUGCUUUUUGUUUUGUUUGUAGUGCAGGAAGGCCAUUGGACAUGCUUUGCCCUUCGUGCAUACCAGCUUUACACCGGUGCCUGCCUUUGGCACUGUGACUGGUGAGUUCACAUGUUGGGAGACCUAAACACACUUCUAGCACACAGAAACAGGACUGCAUGGGAAUGUCUUCAGUGCCCCUCUCUGAGUCUAUAACAGUUAUGCUGCCUCAGGCUGCUCUGAAUUGCACGUGUUGAUUGUCCAUGAACUAUGGCAGACGGGAAGGAGCAAUACAGCACUGUGUCACAUCCAUUUCUCCUUGGCAUCUCACUGUCCCAGUGACAAAAGCCUAGAUCCACUCAUUGCUCCUUCACUUGCUUACAAAGCUUCAAAAAUGUCUGCUGAUUUAAUUACUAAAUUUAAAUAUUAAAAUUAUUUCUCUCCAAGGAGAGAUUUCAUCCUACAAUGCUUCUUCCACAGUCCCUUCAAAAUGACUGCUGCUUUCAGCAAGAGCAGCAGCUCUUGAGAAAGACGGACAUCAUGUUUCUGAAGGCCAGAUUCCUCUGAACAGAAUUGUGGGUGUAGCUACUGCAGCAUCGUCUUCAAACGCAGACAGCUAAAGCAACCCUGAUAUCACAAAAUGCUCAUCCUUCGCCAGAGGCAGGGUGCCUUACAGGGUGCUUCCACACUUGUCAAAUACCCAGAAACUCAAAUACCCAGGAUACCAGGAUAAUUUUGGCUAAAUCCUCGAGAUUAUAGGAAGGCUGCAGCACAGCAGGCAGGAUGGCACCAACAAACUCUGCAGUUUAACAGGGCCCUCCUCUCUUGCAGGAGACUCCUCUCUGCAAGCAGAGCAAAUGCUCUGCAACCAGGGAAGACCACAGAGACAUCUCCGCUAGCUUGAGAAAGGGAUAGGGUUUUUGAAACUCUGAUAACUUGGGGGUUUAAGCCAAAACAAUGAGCAAAGGGUCUGUUGCUUGAUUGUGUUGCACUUCUCUGUCCAUCUUGCUAACACACAGCAUACCUCUUGGGGGAGUGAAAAAAGGGAAUGUUGUUUAAGCCUUUAAUAAGCCCUUUGCAAAGAGAAGUUUUAUAUUUGCAUAGAUACACAGAAAAGAAUGCCAUUGUAUGUGGCUAAAAGGGAAAGGGACACCAGAGAGUCGCCCUCUGAUUACAUAUAAAUACUCUUUCUUUAAGCGGUUACAGGAUGCGAACAAUUCCAUAGUAAGUGUGUAGUUACCCACACACGCUUUGGAUGACAUACACAUGGGAAACUACUCACUACUGCUACCCUCUUUAAUACUAUAAGGGUCAAUGGGAAAGCAGAAAAUCAUAAAACAAGCCAGAAGGAUCACACCAGACAGGCUGUGAACAGCUUGCUCUCCAAGUAAGGAGGGAGGAUGGAUUCUUCUCUUAAGGCAGCUUAAUGCUUGGGCUGAGGAGCUUUUGGGCUAUAUGGGAACUUCCUUCCAGCCUUUUCAACAUAGUGCUUUUUUUUUAAAGCAGAAAUUAUUGGUUUAAAUAAAUAGCCAAUAAGGUUAGUGGAUGCUUGUUAAAACACUUUGCCUUCUGAAAUGCUGUUCGAGUCAGUUUUCAAGUAAUAGCAUACAACCUAAUGAUUUUAUUACCAAAAAAGAAAAAUCUCAGUGUUAGCCCACUACAUACAAAUCACAGAAAAUCAAAUCCAGCUGUGCAGGGAGGAUCCAACAGGCACUUUUUUUUUUUUUUUUUAGCAGAGAGCAAAGCAGAGCAGGGACCUGCUUGCCCAGCAAAGUAGUAUGCCUGAGCCUGUGUGAUGGCAUUUGGAAGUGAACAUGAGCCCUUUUACUGUUCUGGAGGCAGUUCAUAUUGACAAGCACAGCACUAGUGAGCUGGUGGAAACAGGGAACAUAGAGCUGAACACACCAUUGCCAAUAUUAGAGUUACUCUGCUGAAUGCAGUCUAAAACAUUCCUGGGACUGAUGUGCAGUCAGAUAGAGAAGGGAAAAUCAGGUUCCUCCAAAGCAGUAUUUCUCCCAAAAGCACAACUUAUCAAACUACUGCUUCCAAUGUGGGAAAGAGACAGACACUACUACACUAGGGGGAAGAGGGAUUUUUAGUGGGAUCAGCCAAAAGCAAAGUCUGCUCAGAAAAUUCAUUAUGGAAGUUUCCCAUCCCAGUGAAGCCAGACCGCAGUUCUCUGCACACCUCUUUCCAACUUAGAUAAUAUGGAUCCCUUUGGAACAUCCUACCUGUGCCCCAGGAAAGGUCUUUUUUUUGUCUUGCAAAGAAAAGGUUUGGUUUUUCACAUAUUAAGUUCAGCUGCCUUCUGCUUCCUGAAUACCAUGCCCAAGACCUAUAUUGCUUCCCUCUGUGAUAUGACACCCUCAAUCCUUGCUGAAGCAUACCGCUUAUCUUUCAACACUUUCUCCGUAGCUCGGAAACACUCUAGGUGCUGACAAUUUGCUCUCCUUAGUAGUCUACAGUAUUGGAUGAAGCCCUUUUUAGAAUUUGUAGUGGUAUAAUUUUCACAAAUUUACUGCUUUUUCCUAUUUCUAGACCAUAAAUAUAUAAUAUACUGAUUUUUUUGACCUCUCACCUAUUGCAAACUGCGAAGCUUCUCCAGAUGGAUUGCCUUCUGCAGAUGUAAGGUACUGGGGCUGGCAGUCCUUGCAGGUACAGGUGGUUGUAAGGCUGAUAUCAUACAAGUCAAAACUGAAUGGAUUAGUUAUCUCUCCUAUUAUUCCAGAUAACUUGGUUUCUUUCAGAGUUGUCUCAUUUUGUUUCCCACUGAGAAUAGGGGAAUUCAGUAAUUUUGCUCAGCCUUUUCACCGUCAGGACCUGCAGUGUUGCCUUCCUCCUGGGUAAGGAAACAUUUGUAACUUUCUAUUAGCUGCUACUCCUCUAAAAUGUAGUUCAAACAUCUUCUUUAUUCAGCUUUUGUGCCUAAAACUUGUGAAAUAGAUUGUGCUUUGCCCUGGAGUUCAGUAGUGUUGGUUAGUUCUCCUCUUCUAUGUUUUCAGGGAUGCAGGUAGAAGCUAUCCCUCCAAACAGUCUGUGCAGUGUACAUACGUGGAACUGUUCCUGUGCACAGCUGACAUUUAUUGGCAAUUGUCCUGGGUUAAAAAGGGUUUUCCCCUGGAGUUGGAAAGUGGUUAACUCCAGGGGGGUGGCGUUUCUUGAUGUUGACCCAAUCAGCGCCCCUGCAAAAUUAAAACAUAUCGCACCAGACCGGAAAAGAAAGAAGAAGAUGACGUAGCUAGAAGAGAGGCAGCUAUGGUCUGAGACCACGAGGUGAGAGGGGCCAGGAGCUCCACUGGGGGCCAAGGCCCCUCAGCCCCCGGCUGGGGGCUGCAGGAGCCUGGAACAGUGUUAAACUGGGCCAAGUACUGUAGCUAAGAGCUGGGGGAAGUUUCCUUGCUGUGAGUCGCAGCCAGAGACACUGAAAGCAGCAGCAGAGCAGCACUAAACAGAGAACUGUGGCUGAGAGCCAAAAGAGAUAACAAGCAGCAGAGAUGGCAUGGAACCAAGCUGAGAGACGCAGAGAUGUCCUGCAAGGAGGGAGAACUGGCAACAGAGCAGAGAAAACUCAGCAGAAGCUGUUUUGGGGUAAGACUGAAAUACUUUCCCAAAACCCCGAGACCUCCUAGAAAGGAGGGGUGGGCUUCCAAACUCUUAAGGAGUCCCAAAAUGCAGCAGCAGCUAGAGAGAGAGAGAGAAGAGCUGAGAACUCGGAGUCGUCCUGAGAGCUGGACCAGGAUGGAACGCGGGGGAAGUGGCCUUGCCUCCCCCUGCUGCCACGUUGACAGCUGAGACAAAGCAAAGGAGCUCCAGUAGAACGCCUGGGGCAAAGACUGAACUGGGAGCUGCCCUAAACAUUCUGACUUGAGGGAACUUGACCCAUCGAGGAAGGGACUUUCAUGGGAUGUCUUUCAUUCUGUGAUAUGACCGUGGUGAAGCGAGUUUUGUCCCUGCUGGCAGUCCACGGGCGAGACCUUCUAUUGGAGCUGAAGGGCCAAGGGGUGAGAGGAGACCCCUUGCAUUGUAAUGGAGAGAGAGAAAAAGAUAUUUUCUAGCUACAACAACUCCAGCUAUGACUGCUGCUUUGAAGAGGAGAGACACUGCUGCUCUGAAAGUGGAAAGGAUCUUUCCUUCUUCCCUUCUGAACUUUUAUUGGAGGGAAAGGAGAGAUUUGACCUAAUGUAAAUAUAUUGCUUUACCAUAGGAGAGAUAGUUAGAAUUGUGUAUAUAAUGUAUUAUAGUGUUUAUUUGUGUAAGUAAUAAACUGUAAUAUAAUUCCCUUCCCUCCC